AGUUUGAGAUUGCGGCCGCUCGAGUAACGUUCCAUCUUUCGGGAGACCCUCUGCUAGUCGUUAUCGUUGGCUUUCGAUGCCCCCAGGGCAUACCGGAUUGUACCAGUUUUUUUUCUGUGGGUUCCUGUGACACAGGAAAAUUCGCACCAACACAUCACGCGCGGUUCGUGUGGAGAAUCGGCCUUGAAAAGUGCCAAGAUCAAUAUCGCGAUCGCGAUUCGCAGAUUAAGUGUGUACCCUUUUCCGAAGUGAUCGAGAUCGACAAGUGGUUUCGAAACCCGUAAGGCCAAUUGUCUUAAUACUGGAAGUGCUUUCGAACGAGUGAUUUGAACGAACUUGUUUAGUGAAGCGCCCCAAGUAAGCAGCGUAGUUUUUUGAGUGUGAGAUAUUGAAAAAAAAUCAAGCAACAAAAGUGUGAAACAGGCGCCACCCUCCCCCGGAAAGGUGAAGGUCACCACACCGUUCGUUUGGUCUGGAAUUGUUGGAAACAGAACAACAAGUGGUUUUUGACUGGCAGCGAGCAAUCGAUUCGGAAGUAUUUUUGUACGACGCAGCUUCGUGGCUUCAAUUGUGACUGUGACUGGUUUCGAGAUCAAUGUCAGCCAGCAGCGGUUAAUCAGCAGCAGCGCUGAGUCAGUCUCGCCGAAACGUUUCUGUUACAACAGAGAGGGAAGGGAAACUGAAAACCGAAGAAGGGGUUGGUGUUAAGUGUGAUCGCAAACGGCGAUGAUCAUUCGAUGAUAGUGGAAGCGCCAUUUCUUCUCAGUACCAGUACCUUUGCACUACGACUACUUUCAAAGCUGUAGACACAUCAACUUCUCAGAUAGCACAGCAUCCGCACAUCUCGAGCGUCCACAAAGCACAAAGCAAUGCGCUGUGGCUUCCUGCAAUCGGCGGCUUCCAAGCGAUACCCCAUAAGCACCGUGCUACUACUGUUGCUCUUUUUGGCCGUACUUUUCGGCUCGUCAAGUGUGUUCGUAUACGGGCAAGCAUGUGAAGUACGAAACGAUGACAUACAACAGCAGCAUCACCCGCCUCAUCAUCAACAGCAACACCAACAGCAACUGCAACAGCCUGCAGGCUCAAGGCAAACGAACUCACAGCAGUCGCAGCAGCAGCAGCAACAACAGACACAACAACAGCAGCAGAAAACUGCUUCGCAGCAUCAGCAACAUCAUGAUCGAGGAGGUGGAGGAGGAGGAGGUUCUGGACCGUCUGGUAAAAGUGGUCCCGGCCCGGCUUCGUCAGGAUAUCGAGGUGAUCCAGUAGCAUCGCCCGCUGCUGCUGCCUCUAGCAGCAGUCCAACUUCUAGCAUCCCUCAGUCGUCCGGAGACUCGUCCACGAUGCCCAAACAUCAGCAUCCCUCGAACCGGAUGCUGGAAACGCGCAACUCCUAUGCGGUCCUAUCGCAAGCCAUGUCCCAGGCCGUGCACCACGAAUUCGAUUUCUUGUUUCUGAUUUCAGGCACCUAUGGGAGCGGCGCCGACGGAUUUGGGUCCUGUGCGGUGGACGAUCACGACUGCAUUGCCCACCACGAUCAUCUGGGGCUGCAGGCGAUCCAGUCGCUGCAUCGGCAGCUCGAUGACGACGACAACGGCAACAUCGAUCUGUCCGAGUCGGAUGAUUUCCUGCGGGAAGAGCUCAAGUAUGACUCCGGGUACGAGAAACGACACCGGGCUUUCCACUUCAAUGACGAUAUGCACAUUUCGGUCAAGGAACUUUGGGAAGCCUGGCUUCGAUCGGCCGUUCACAACUGGACCGUAGAACAAACUACCGAAUGGUUAGCCCAAAGUGUCCAACUGCCGCAGUACGUGCAUUUGUUUAAGCAGCACAAAGUUACCGGAAAAGUACUGCCCCGACUAGCUGUGAACAACAUGCACUACGUCAGCAAUGUCCUCGGCAUCAAGGAUCCGAUCCACAAGCAGAAGAUCGCCCUCAAGGCGAUGGAUGCCGUUCUCUUCGGACCACCCAGAGAAACCGGUACCCGGUGGAAGGAUCUACUACUCGUAACGUUGCUACUGUCGUUUAUCAUCGGUUCAUGGUGGGCCUACCAUCAGAAGAAGGUGUUCAACAUGAAAAUGAAACGUAUGGCCAAGGAUGUUCAUGGCCUGAUAAAGGCGGAAUCGGCCAUGAAGGAUAUGCAAAAGGAAUUGGAGAAGGCUCGCUUGGAGCAGGAAAAUGUGGGCAAGGAAAAGAUGGACCUGGAGCGACAGCUCCGGGAAGCACCUUCCCUAUCAUCGUCUUCCUCAAACCUAGAGAUGCAGCAGCUGAAGCAGGAAAUCGAGAUGCUCCGUACCGAGCUGUCCCGAGCGGAGGUCGAAAUCAACGAUCACUGUUGGACCCCGCCUCAAGGCCUUCAAAACUGGCUGCAACUAACGUUCGAGUUGGAAAACAAGCACCACACCCGGAAACGGAUAUUGGCCGAGAAGCAGCUGAUGUCUGCUAGGGAAGCUUGCGAAAAACUGAAAAAGAAGCGAACCAGUUUGGUGGGAGCGUUCGUUUCGACCCAUGGGCGCAGCAUCGACGAUGUCGAUCGGAGUAUCGUGGAGGCGCGCAAUUCGCUCAACGACGUCACCAACGAUCUGCAGGAGCGCAUGUACCGAUGGAAGCAGAUCGAACAGCUGCUCGGCUUCAGCAUUGUAAAUAACAACGGACUUUCGUACCUGGAAAACCUGCUGUACAGCAGGAACGGUUCCGGCUCUAAGAGCUAUCGAUCGCGCCUGUCCAGCAGCCAGGACGACCUCGAUGACGACUCCGUGCAAGGUAAGCUACUCAGCUUCGACAACUUCUCUGUGUUCUCGUCGGAGUAGUAACUUUAGUUUAUUACUUUCUAUGAAUGAAUGAAUGAACCGAACCAACGCCGGGACUCGAGAGCUAUUCCGGAAUGCGCUUCUCGCGGCGGUUCCAAUUUCGAAAAAUUUUUUUUUGUGCAUCCCACAACUACAAAAAAAAACCUCGUGCACCUUCACAUAUUUACGUUACGUUAAAUUUUAGUUGAUUCUGAUUGUUGAAUUUUUGAACGACCGCGACACGAGCGAGUAAGACUUCCGGUGCAGUCCUUCAAGCCGCAGUACUUCAUCACUAGCUGGCCGCCCUUCGGCUAGGCUCACAAGGAUUGAAGGAAUCAUCGUAUUUAGGUUUUUUUUGCUUCUAUAAUUUUGUAAAUCUAAAUAUGUAAUUAUUCGUAGGUAAACUAUAGAGAUUUAGGCGCUGCAGCAAAUACUUUUUGUCACAAAUCUUGCACACAGGUUAGCAUUAUUUGGAAAACACGUAGACCCUAGCGAAAACGAAAAAGACACAAACUUAGGCACUGUUUCUCUAGGAUGAUGUAUAGAUUUAAAAAAAAAACAGAAACAUAAGUACACUCUUCAAUCCGUUUUUUAUAGUAUGCAGGAUGAGCUAUAUUAUCAGUAAGUGCUUCUAUAGGCUUAGAUAAUCAUUCAUCAUAUUCAUUCACUUAUUGCAUCUUGAUUUGCUAAGAGAUAAAUGCGGACGUCAAGUGAAGAUACUCUAGCAUCAACUAAAAAAAGUCAUGCGUCGCUUAAAAUUUUAUGUGAAAUUUCUGUGUCUGGAGAUAGGAAAUUCACCUUUCUUACUGUGCUACAUUGGACACAUUUCGUCCAAAAUCAAACACCCAAGCAAUCAAAGACAAGCAAAAGGCAGCAAAAGACGGAUUAGUUAAAAAUGUAAAAUUAUCUGUCCUCGAAGGUCCUUGAAAAAAGCUGCU